CCGUUUCCACGUUAGUGUUUUUAUAAAUGAGUUGUUAUUUAGACGUUUAUUAACACACUGGAUCUCAAAAUAUGACUAAUUUACUGCACAGAGUCACAUACUUACCCCAGGUAGUCUUUAAUUCGCGUUGGAGACAGAACUUGGUUGAUAUAUUAUCUAGGUAACGCUAACUAGCUGCUAACUGUAACGUUAUGGUUUUUCACACUCAAAUAGCCUCCAUCAUGGAGGUGCUAGCGAGUGCAGCCGUGGCAGAUAUAUGUAAACUUGUAGACGACGACUAUGCAGUGUUUCGUUUGGAAAUAACUCAAAGCCAGAAAGAAAACAGGGCAUUGCGGAGGAAACUACAGUUACUGGAACUUAAGGUGGCAAGGGAGCGCGCAGAGAGGACAACGCAAGAGCGCAUUCUCGCCAGUCGUCCCAGAAGUGUCAAGAUCCUCGACCGAUAUGGUGGAAUGGAAAGAGGUGAAGGACAUCUCACUGGAGGCCACAGGAGCUUUGUGAAGCCAGCGGGAGACAAUACAUGGAGUGAUGACCAACCAAUCACUGUUGAUGAGGAGAGUGGAACCUCAACCCAGCAUGUUAUCGUGAUAGAGUCUGCAGAUGCCAAGGCUGCAGGUCCUGGGGUCAAGCAGGAGAGGACUGAAGGAGUGGAGGACCCACGGCACAGCAGAGACAUCCAGACUGGUGUGGCUGUAGCCAUGGAGGAACCCACCACCACCCCAGCGCAGCCCAGCUCCAGACGCAGAAUCACGGAGGUCAGUGGAACGCUGAACGCCAUCCUCAAGCUGGCCACCUGA